CCUCCUCCUCCUCCUCUACCACCGCUUCCUCCUCCUCCUCCUCCGCUCUUCGCUCCCAUCCUUCCACUGCAGCAGCUCAACACAGCUUCUCCUUUAUUCCGUGUCUCCUCCAUCCUCCUCGCCAUGGACAACUCUGGCAAAGAGAAGGAGGCCAUGCAGCUGAUGACUGAAGCCGACAAAAAGGUGAAGGCGUCUGGAUCCUUCCUGGGAGGAAUGUUCGGGUUACAGGGCCGUUUCACCAUCGCAGCCAAACAUCACAUCACCAUAGCUGAGGUUUAUGAAUCGGAGCUGGUGGACAUUGAAAAGGCCAUUGCACACUAUGAGCAGGCAGCAGAUUACUACAAGGGGGAAGAAUCUAACAGCUCGGCCAACAAAUGUCUCCUGAAGGUGGGUCACUACAGCGCUCAGCUGGAGCAGUACCAGAAGGCUAUUGAAAUCUAUGAACAGGUUGCCAUGAAUACCAUGGACAAUCCUUUGUUGAAGUACAACGCUAAAGAGUAUUUCUUCAAGGCUUCACUGUGCCACUUCAUAGUGGACGAACUAAAUGCCAAGCUGGCCAUUGAGAAGUAUGAGGAGAUGUUUCCAGCCUUUUCAGACUCAAGGGAGCUCAAACUGUUGAAGAAACUUCUAGAUGCCCACGAGGAGCAGAACAGCGAGGCAUUCACGGAGGCCGUCAAGGAGUUUGACUCAGUGUCUCGUUUGGACCAGUGGUUGACCACCAUGCUGCUCCGCAUCAAAAAGACCAUCCAAGGAGACUCUGGAGACCUGAAGUAGACAAAAAAAAAAAAAAGUUUGAGAUGUACUAUAAACAAGAAGAAGUAGAUAAAUAUCACUGUAUAGGGCGGGUUUGUGUUAAAAAAAAAAAAUUAAGAGUGUGGGGAAAAUGUCUUUUUUUUUUGAAAGAUUAUAAAAAUAAAGAUGGAGUGUUGCAGAGAUAUAUGGUGAGGCGGCGAAAGAGAGAGGGAGUUCUGAAUUUGUUGAUACUCAGUCUGCAUGUGACCCCCCCCCCUCCCC